CUGAAUUGGUGCUUUUCAUUAUUUUCAGACGUCAAGCUGUGCUUGCACAGCAAGUUCAUCAAGUGUCGAUCAGUGUAUCUCGCUGAACAUAUCGCUUCCGUGUUUUCAAUCGCCAUCUUAUUUUCACUGUGCAACCCGUACAAGACAAAUGCCAAGAAGCACGGGUCAUCGAUCGACUACUGUCCACAGUACAUGCAAUGGCCACUGAUUCUCGCUGCCGGCUACGGAAACGAGUGCCCCAGCAACAAGUACCUCGCAAGCACCACCUCAGAACGUGACGUCGAACUGGAGAGCCAAUGGGACGCGGCGGCGGUUGCAGCGUCAACCAUGAUCGCUCAACCGUACUUGUUCAUGGACACCAGUUUCCUGUUCGCAGCCGACGGAGGUGGCUCCAUGUGCGGAGGGUGCGGAGCCUGCGGUGGGUGUGGAGGCUGUGGCGGUUGCGGUUCUUAA